AUGAAACAAUUCAUCAUUACACUUUGUCUCUGUCUCUUGUGUUCCCUCUUGAUUAUUGGCAUGUCAACUGCCCAACAAAAUGAUGACAGGUCCGAGUAUUCUCGUCCAAUUCGUCAAGUAAGAAGAAUUAGAAGAGAAAAACUCAUCAAUCAAGUUGAAACUUUAUUGAAGGAAUUAAAGAAACUUCACUUGGAAGAAGAACUCGCAGAUUCAAUGAAUUUACCAAAUGCUGAAUGUCUUCGUUGUUUGAUGAAGAAGAAUGAUGAUUUGAAGGACUCUGUUAAAAGUAGUGUUGGAUUUGUUGGUGGUUCAAUGAGAUGUUUGGAAGUUUGUACUGCUGCUAAUUAA